GGUAAGAUUUCUCUCAUUGAGAUAUCAAGUGAAAGUCAGUUCUUGAAGAGUAUUCAUAACAAGAACAUGAUAAACUCUGGUGGCGCAUCAAAAAGCAGAAACUUAUAAUUUGUUGUAAUCUUUUAAACGUCUAAAUAUUUGGAUGUGGCUUAUCUACUAAUCACGGAUUAAACUGCUAUUUCUUGCAUCCCGAGAGAAAAAUCUUUAAGAACGCAGAAUUCAUCAGAUUAUCCAGCUUCAGGGUAUCUCUGUGGCAAAUGGAGACUUUUACAUUGCCAUGCGCCUCCCAAAGUGUGGGACCGGCAAAUCAACUGAUUGGUCUACUAAUCAACACUCUGCUAGCUUCACAAUGUGCCCUAUCACCACCUGAAAUGUGGCCAAAAGACUACGGACCAACUGCAUUGGAAAAAGGUUUUGAAGAAUACGACUUCAUUGUUGUUGGAGCAGGAUCAGCUGGUUCAGUUGUUGCAAGUCGCCUAAGUGAAAAUCCCAAUUGGAAAGUUUUACUUUUAGAAGCUGGAGGAGAUCCACCCAUUGAAUCCGAGAUGCCUUGUAUGCAAUUCACACUCCAAAAUACACCCUACGAUUGGAACUUCCGGACAGCACCGUCCAAGAAGUCCAGCUUGAGCCAUCCAAAUGGUAUUCUUUGGUCACGCGGAAAAUUUCUCGGUGGUACAAGCGGAAUGAAUCACAUGCUUCAUCUACGCGGAAACAAUCGGGACUAUGACCGAUGGGAGAUGGACAGAAAUGUCGGAUGGGGAUGGAAUACCGUUUUACAGUACUUCAAAAAGUCUGAAGAUAUGCUAAAUGAUCAACUAAUCAAUACUGUGGCUGCUACAAACCACGGUCGAGGAGGUCCCCUAAAAAUCGACACAUUCCGAAAUACAGAUCCCAUGAGAGAUGCCCUGCAGACUGCUGCUAUUGAACUAGGUCAUAGAAUAAUUCCAGACAUUUACGGAGAUGAAUACCUUGGGUUUGGAAGUGCAUCUGCAAAUAUCGACAAUGGAACAAGAUGCAGUUCAGCACGAGGAUAUCUUGUUCCUGCUCGUGAUCGUCCAAACUUGCAUGUGAUCAAGAAUGCUCACGUAACAAAAGUAAAAAUAGAUCCUCUAACAGCAACAGCAACCGGCGUAUACAUAACAUUCAACAAGAUGACCGAGAUGAUCGUAAAUGCAAGAAAGGAAGUUAUUUUGUCAGCAGGAGUUAUCAAUACACCUCAAAUUCUUAUGCUAUCUGGAAUAGGACCUCAGAAAUACAUGAAAAAAUUAAAUAUUCCAAUGGUCACAGAUCUACCCGUUGGGAAGAGCCUACAAGAUCAAAUAACUGUGCCAUUUUUCAUGAAAAUCCCAAAAAAUACACAAGGUCCCCCUGUUCAGGUGCCUAUUGAGAAUGUGCCUCAACCCCCAACAGAGACUCCAAUCUGCCCUCAUGGCAUUCAUCAGAAAAAACCAGUAGAAUUCACACGUGAAGAAAUGGACGCCUUCUACCACUACCUUACAAAGCGGAAUAUAUCAGAAAGCUAUAUCCUUGAUUUUGUAGGAUUCUUCAAUACCGUCAAUCUGACUGAUCGCUACCCAGAUAUUCAAAUCCAAUACAAUCUCUUCAAAAUGGGUGAUAAAGCCAUAUUCCUGAAAUUUCUAGAAAUUAUGGGUUAUGACGAAAGUAUAAAUAGAAUUUUAGAGAGUGCUAUUGAUCAAGGAGAUCUUUUAAUCUCUUGGAUCAUCCUUCUUCAACCAAAAUCAAUGGGCAAACUUAAGAUGCAGACGGCAAAUCCUCUCGAUGCUCUUCACAUCAAUCACAAAUACCUCGAAAAACGCGAUGAUGUUGAUACCUUAGUACGAGGAAUAGAAAUUCAGAAGAAAUUUCUUCUCACGAUGGCCUUCCGUCAGAAUCAAGUUGAAGAACUCCAAAUUCCCAUUUUAACAUGUGGCAUAAAUGAUGGUACAAAGAGAUAUUGGGAUUGCUACAGUCGCCACAUGGUAACAACGACAUACAACACUGUUGGAACGGCCAAAAUGGGUCCAGAUACCGAUCGUAUGGCUGUCGUUGAUCCUAGACUCAAUGUCAGAGGGGUUAAAGGACUUAGAGUUGUUGAUGCUAGUAUCAUGCCAACUCUUCCUAGUGGCGGUGUUAAUGCACCCACUGUAAUGAUUGCGGAGAAAGCAUCGGAUAUCAUAAAGGAAGACUGGAUUGCCCGUGAAUCUCUGGCAACUCGCCUAGAACUUUAAGAAUCUCCCUGGGAAGUUGCAUGAUCAAACUUUCUUAUAUAUAUUUAAUCUCAUGGAAAUGGAAAUUUUACUUUAAGCUUAUUUGGGGAAAAUAAGAUUAAUAACUGUAAUACUAGUAUAAUAUAAAUUGAAAUCUCAUUCGUUUUUGAUAUACCUAAGAUAAAUUUAACCUCAACACAACCCUCGCGGUAAAUGAAUUUUGAACUAGAGCAUUUUAAAUUUUAUCCAAAUCCAAUUACCUAAUGUUGCAUGUGAUUCUCAACUUCAAGCCUAGCUUAAAAAUCGCAUAACUUUUUGAAGAGAUUGAAUCUACAUAAUACUUCAUUGUCUCUAUUCUAGAUUCCCAACCUCUUUUUCUCCAUGCAACAUUCGGCGUACGAUUGGGAUUUCCGCGCCGAAAAGUCCGAUAAAGCCAGCAAGUCCAUUAAAAAUGGUAGUUUCUGGCCACGAGGCAAAAUGCUGGGUGGUUCAAGUUCUAUCAAUGCCAUGGUGUACAUCCGCGGAAAUCGUCGCGAUUACAAUCAGUGGGAGGAAAAUGGAAAUACUGGAUGGGGAUGGAAGGAUGUACUUGAAUACUUCAAGAAAUCCGAAGGCAACAAAGAUGAUCUUGUUGUUGAAUCGGGUGAAGGGCAAUUCCAUGCACGCGACGGACCACUAAAAGUGGAAUUGUUCAGUAGUACUGAACCUCUAAAAUUUGUUAUCCAUGGAGCUGCUGAUGAGUUAGGUUAUGAGAUUUUGGAAGAUGUUAACGGGGAGGAACACAUCGGAUUUGGAUUCAUCCAGGGUACUGUCCACAAUGGGAAACGAUUUAGCACGGCUAAGGCUUUCCUUAAACCUGCUCAAGAACGCCCAAAUUUACACGUUGCAAAGUGGUCUCAUGUAAUUGACUUGCAAAUUGACGAUAAGGGAACAGUAACAGGAGUAAAGGUUAAUGUCAACGGAACAAAAGAAAUACUAGCAAAAGCAAAGAAGGAAGUUAUUUUAUCUGCAGGCGCAAUCAACACCCCACAAAUUCUUAUGCUUUCAGGUAUUGGACCUGAGAAGCAUUUGAAAGAAAUGAAUAUUCCAGUGGUAAAGGAUUUGGCCGUGGGUGAAAAUCUUCAAGAUCAUCCUGUUGUACCUAUGUUCUUCGCAUUUCAUAAAUCAGAGGCUAUAGCAAUAACACGAGAGGAAAUGAACGACGCUAUGUACAUGUUCCUCACACAUGGCAUUGGAUUCUUAACGAAUCAUGGAACCAUUGAUACAAUGGGCUUCGUUAACACCAAGAAUGACAGUGUUUUCCCAGAUAUUCAGUAUCAUCACUUCUCCUUCAAGAAAGCAUCUCCUGAGAUUUUCUUCACACUUUCAACUAUUGCUUUUGAACAGCCAAUAGUCGAAAGAGUCAUUAAAGAAAAUAAGGAUCAAAAUAUUAUUAUGGUUAUGGUUACGUUACUCAAUCCAAAAUCUCGUGGAAAAAUUGUUCUAAGAUCCAAUGAACCAGAACAUAAGCCUAAGAUAUAUUCUGGCUAUCUUGAGGAUACAGAAGAUGUUGACACAUUCAAGCGAGGAGUUAAGCAUUACUACGAAGAAUUCCUUCCAACAGAAGCAUUCAAAUCUCAAGAAGCACAAUUUAUUAAAGUACCAAUUCCCGAAUGCGAUAAACUUGAAUUUCCCAGUGAAGAAUACUGGGAGUGCUACAUCAGAAAUGUAGUUACAACUCUCUAUCAUCCAGCUGGAACAGCUAAGAUGGGUCCCGAUACUGACAAAGCCGCUGUAGUAGAUCCAAGACUCAGAGUUAAGGGUGUCAAGGGAUUGAGAGUAAUUGAUGCCAGUAUCAUGCCCGAAAUUGUGUCUGGCAACACAAAUGCUCCAACAAUUAUGAUUGGAGAAAAAGGCGCCGAUAUGAUCAAAGAAGAUUGGAAGGAUGAUAGCAAACAUGAAGAAUUGUAAACUGAAAAGUUAGAGAUUGUUUUGUAAUUUUUUCAAUAAAUGUCUUUUUACAGUUUUCACUCAAA